AUGGCUCUGCAAACAGCGCAGCCUGCGACCUGCGGCCCUCAAUGCCCUCCCAGUGCUUUCAGGUCUGAUGUUAUGUACUGCUGGCUCACUGGCACCAUGCGCAGAGCAAGAGGGAGAGUUGUUGAGACCUCAGAUCUAUGCUCACCGCCCAAGGAGGAUUUGAUGGCAGAGAUGCUUCCCGACAGUGACACCAUACCCUCGGUGAGGGAUGUGCUUCGCCGUGAGAGGUGCUCGCUGCUGCAGGCGGGAGUCGCAAUGCUGCUCUAUGCUUUAUGCCAAACUUCACUGCCGAUCAUCAUGCUUAUGGUCAUUCUCUGCGUGGAGACUACUGGUACGGAGUUCCAGUGGCUGAGGGCAUGGACCAACAUGGAUUCCCUAAUCUACUGGCUUCUGUCAUACUCACUGCUGCAAGCGGCCGCGGCAGUCGCCAAUCACUGGCAGCUUCAUGCUUCCUUCCAUGUGGGCCAACGCGUGCGUGCCCAGCUGAUCAUGCUGGUCUUCCGGAAGGCCCUCCGGGUUGAUCCUCAGCGGAGGGAGUCCGUUGGCCACACGCUGACUUUGAUGGCAUCAGACUCGCAGAAGUUCUUGGAAGCCAUGCCCUUCAUCCACAAGCUUUGGGGAUCACCGCUUCAGAUCGUCAUUGCCGCUUUUGCCCUGGCUCUGAUCGAUGUCGUCGCGCUCAGUGGCGUUGUCGUACUCAUAGCCGUGAUUCCCAUAUCCAAGAAUCUGGCGAAGCGUAUGCAGAGGUUUCGACAGCAGCAUCUUCGAUUCACCGAUCAACGGGUCCGCAUGUGCGUGGAGCUACUGGAGGGAAUUCGGUGCAUCAAGUUCUUUGCUUGGGAGCGGCCGUACCUGGAGCGCGUUUUUCAGAAGCGCCGACACGAGACGCACUGGGCCAUGAGAGAGUCCUUGGUGUACAGCAUCUCCAUGUUGGUUACGGUGUUGUCGCCGACCUUGGCCUUUGCAGCGACACUUGUGGCAUUUUCCCUUCUGGGCAGCAGCUUUACGGCCACACGCCUGUUUGGGACAUUGGCGCUGCUGAACGCCUUGCGCUUUCCAAUUAUGGACUUAGGCUCCAUGCUUGCAUCCAUCGUGGCACUUCACACAGGUUGGCUGCGCAUCCAGCACUUCUUGGAGCUCGCGGAGGGUGGUGUCCCCGUGGCCCCGAUAGAAGAUCAGACGGAGUUGAAGCUGGAGAACUGUACGUUUUCCUGCUACAGCGGAGCUGUGGAAUGCUUCCAGCUCUCGCUGAGAACGACCCUGACCGCCAAACGCGGUGAUCUCGUCCUGGUUCUCGGCCGGGUUGGCAGUGGCAAGUCCACUCUCCUUCAAGGAAUCCUGGGUGAAAUCCACCGUUCCUCUGGUCACCUCGCAGUGCGCGGUGGUGUCGCCUACUGUGCCCAGCAGCCGUGGAUUCGGAAUGUGUCCCUCAUGGACAACAUUCUCUUCGGGGAGGAGUUGGACGAUGAAUGGUACAACAAGGUCCUAGACGCAUGUGCCCUUGGUCCAGACUUGAAACAGCUGCCUCACGGAGACCAGACAGAAAUCGGAGAGAGAGGCGUCACCAUCAGCGGCGGGCAGAAGCAGCGAGUAGCUUUGGCUCGCGCUGUCUACCAGCGAGCAUGCUCGAUGGUGAUUCUGGAUGACGUUUUUUCAGCCCUGGAUGCGCACACGUCAAGCCAUAUUGUCCGGGCCCUCUUUCAGGGACCACAAGCGCUGCUCCGCGACCGUGCCGUUCUGCUGGCGUCGCAUCUCACGGCAUGCGCAGGAGAAGCCCAGCGAGUUCUGCUGCUAGGCCAGAAAGAUGUGUCCACGCAGCAAUCUUCACUCCUCUUCGAUGGUGAUUGGCUGGACCUCUGCAAGCACCCAGACCUACUUUCGCUGCUUGGCCACGUGGCAUGGUUGCACAUGGCAAACUUGCAAGGCAUGUACGCAGCGGAGAUCAUCAGGGCGUGUUUUCCUAGCAUGGAACUGAAAACGGUUGCCGUUCUUGAGUGGGGCUCUGCAGUCUGGUGCCCCUAG